AUGAAGUUUCUCUUUCAAAAGCUUCAUUUUCAAUCACCUCUUUUCUCUCUUGCUACAAUCCUUAUCUCACUACAUUAUGGUAAUGCUUUGAAUCUACCAAACAAUGAAACUGUCCCAGCACUCAUUGUGUUUGGUGACUCUAUAGUUGACACAGGUAACAACAACUACCUCCACACUAUUACCAAGUGCAACUUUCUACCUUAUGGCAAAGACUUUGGUGCUGGAAAUCAACCAACUGGAAGAUUUAGCAAUGGCUUAAUCCUUUCCGAUAUAAUCGCAUCAAAAUUCGGAGUCAAGAAGCUUUUACCAGCUUCUCUUGAUCCAAAUUUGCAACUCGAAGAUCUCUUAACAGGUGUAAGCUUUGCCUCUGGUGGUUCUGGAUAUGAUCCUCUAACUUCAAAAUUAGCGUCUGUGAUAUCGCUAUCCGAUCAAUUGAAAAUGUUCAACCAAUACAAAAAUAAGAUAAAAGAAGCGGUUGGAGAAGAGAGAAUGAAAAUGAUAAUAUCAAAGAGUGUAUAUAUUAUUUGCAUGGGAAGUAAUGACAUUGCAAACACUUAUGCUCCAACACCAUUAAGACAAGCACACUAUGAUAUUCCAUCAUACACUGAUUUAUUAGCUUCACAUGCCUCAAAUUUCUUAAAGGAACUUUAUGAUUCAGGAGCUAGAAGGAUUGGAGUAGUUGGUAUGCCAAGUAUAGGGUGUGUGCCCUCACAGAGAACGAUUGAAGGAGGAAUAGAGAGAGCAUGUUCAGAUUUUGAAAAUCAAGCAGCGAGAAUCUUCAACUCCAAACUAGUAUCUCAAAUGGAUGCAUUCAGAGAUAAAUUUCAAGAUGCUAAGUUUGUUUAUCUUGAUAUUUACAACUCAUUCAUGGAUGUGGUUCAAAACCCUGCUAAAUAUGGUAAUUAG